UGUGGUAGGUUAGCAAGAUGAACAAAGAUGCGCAGAUGAGAGCAGUGAUUAACCAAAAGUUGAUAGAAACUGGAGAAAGAGAACGCCUCAAAGAGUUGCUGAGAGCUAAAUUAAUUGAAUGUGGCUGGAAGGACCAGUUGAAGGCACACUGUAAAGAGGUAAUUAAAGAAAAAGGACUAGAACACGUUACUGUUGGUGACUUGGUGGCUGAAAUCACACCAAAAGGCAGAGCCCUGGUACCUGACAGUGUAAAGAAGGAGCUCCUACAAAGAAUAAGAACAUUCCUUGCUCAGCAUGCCAGCCUUUAAGAUUGAAUUAGAUUGUGUCGUUUUGUGGUUUUAUUUCUGAAAGUAAAACUUGCCAUAAAUUAGGAAUCGAUUUCCCAAAAUAAAAUCCUUUUUUGUAUGAUGGUAA